AUGACGUUGGUAUCUAUUUCAAUGAUGGUCCAAGAUGUGCACAUUGAUGAGGAAGGAGCAGCAACAAAAGUGCAUAAAGUUUCCAGCAAACUUUUGGAGCAGUUCUGGAAGCUAGCUGAGAAGAAAGAAAAGGCUCGAAUCAAUGCAGCUAUUGUCAUCAUCAAUCAUGCCAAGCAACAUGAGAUCCAGGGGUCUGAAUUGCCUAAAGAAGUAAAUUACUGCCUGGAGAGGCUGGUGCGAGGGUUGGCGUCAUCACGUGCUGCAGCACGCCCUGGAUUCUAUGCCUGCCUUGUUGAGCUGCUGACAUUACUGAGGGGGAAAAUCCUGCCUCAACAUCUCCUGACUCUUGCUGACAAGUUCCUGAAAUCCAUAUCCAGUAGUAAAACUGAGAUGGGUGAUGCCCAAAUUGGUAGGAUACUGUUGGUGAGUGCCAUGAUCCAGAGCAGUCUCUUGACGGGUUCUGAUGUCAUCAUGGAUGUUACAGGACAGCUCAUCUCUCUCCUAAAGAAGAAGGCAUUUCUUCGUGUCAUGGCUGCUUCCAUCUUGGUUCAAUUGCUGCAUUCGUUGGAUGUGGAAGUCUUCCAGGAUCAUAUAUGCUCUAAAGUCAUGGAGUAUUUGCGCAAUGAAGAGGAGUUGGACCCAGAGGGAUUGUGGAUUUUUCUUGAAUGCUCCCUAUGUUUCCCUCAAGCAUUUCAUGGCAAGAAAGUCCUCAAGGACCGUUAUGGUUCCAGCUCCCUAUUGAAGCCCAAGAUGUUGCAAAAUGUUGUUGAAGCUGUCAUGAGAUGUGUGGUACAACUGCCUCAAUGUCACCCAAUGCUUCCUUGCUUGGGAGCAUAUGUGAUGGAGAAGCAGGCAGCCGGGACCUUUUGGCAACAAGGCCUUGCACCCAUUCUUCAGGGAUCCCCUCCAAAGGAUAGGAUGCAGGUUGCUUGCCAUCUCAUUCAUGCCAUGCUCUCUUCCUCACCAGCACUCAUGGGGGAAGGAUUCCUGGAGAGUGAAACAUUCAUUGCUCUGCUGGUCAAGUCAUGUUCCCAAGUCCAUGGCCCUGGGAAAGGACAAGGGGGAGGAAAAGGAAAAGUGGGGAAAGACAAAACAAUGACCAAUUUACUGGAAGCUCUUGCCAAGUUCCUCUCUUCUAGUGACUUGCAGGAAGAGAUCCGAAGAGCCACACUGGAACGCCUUCUUCGACCUCCUGGUUCUCCCAUCAUUGACAAAAUCCUCUUCUCCCCUCGGGAGCCAAUUCUUCGUCGAACACUUGCCUCGGUGAAAGAUACUCAGACCCUUUUGAUUGUUCUGGGAGCCUGUGAAGAUGUCAUCAAGGGGAAGUACAGUUCUUCCAAUCUGGAGAAAGUUACUGCUUCCCAGAUCAUGGCAAGGAUUCUAUCAAAGAAGUGGGAUGAAGACAGUGAAAUUCAGGAGAGUUACCUGCAUUUCCUGGCAGCGCAUUCCUUAUUUAGCAUAGAGGGAGGAAUUCCAGGGACAUCAUUGGAUGUAAUAGAUAUCCCUAUUAAUGGUGAUGUAGCCAGGGGCCUGCAGAAGUCCCUCCUUCGUGCCCUUGACCAUCCAUCCUCUCAUAUCUCUGACUGGGGGAACACUCUCUAUCGUGUCAUCAAGUUCCUGGAUCUCCUUCUGCACCACAGUGAGGAAGCAAAACCCAUUCGACAGCUAAGCGAGCAGGGGAAGGAGUAUUGGAAGAAAGCAUUAGAGUUGGGGAAAAUGAUGAGACAGAAUUCUAAGAACAAGGCAGAGGGUGAGGAGUGGAAGUUUCACAUAUUCCAAGUUCUCUUUCUUCAAAUGUGUCUUCAGUUGCUCAUGGAUGAGAAACCUGCCUGUGAUGCCAUUCAGGAUCUGGAGGAGUGCUGGAAACGAUCUCAAGGCUCUGUAGGAGUGAAGUGUGAAGAUGGACCAGAAUGGGUAGAAGUGGUGGUGGAUCUACUCUUAAAUCUUCUCUCCUUGGAGACACAUCUCUUGAGAAGCAUUGUGAAUUCUGUCUUUGCAUCCCUUGCUCCUCAUCUUACUCUCUUCUCCCUUCGCCACAUCUCUUCUGUGUUAUCCACAGAGGAUUCUGGGAAAAAUCCACUUUCCCUUGACUCUGAGAGUGAGGCAGGCUCAGAGGUGGAUUCAGAUAGAGAAAUGGACAUGGACAGUGAGGAUGAGAGCUUGAAUGAAGUUGAAGAUGACGAUGAUAAUGAUAAUGAUGGAGAUGAUCAGGGGUGUCCAGAUGGGUUCAGAGAUGAGGUAAAGGCUGCCCUUGGAGAUGCUGCUGUUGCCACUGAUGUUGAAACAGUGAAUGUGAGUGACAUAGAUGAUGAACGAAUGGCAGAACUGGAUCGUGCUCUUUCAAAUGCCUUUCAAAAUGCUGGAGGAAAAUUAUCAAAGAAGAAGUCUGGGAGGUUACUCCAGAGUGACAUGAAGCUCCUCCAUUUUAGGCUCAGGUGCUUGGAGUUGCUGGAACUGUAUAUGCGGGAUCCUCGUCCUUUGGGACACGUCAUGGCCCUGAUCCUUCCCCUCUUGAAGGCCUAUGCCGAGUCCCUGAAGGAUUUCCGCCAGGAGACUCUGAGCACCCGCCUGGAUUCCCUCCUCUCACGCCUGUCUGGAUUGAGGAAGUUUUCCAGUAUGGAUGUGAAUCCCGCACAGUUUCCACAAAUCAUUAGUGACCUCCUCAAUUCAUUUGCAAGAACUUCACCCCCACGGUAUGUUGUGAUGGCAAACAGGGUGUGUGUGAUGGUGGUGAGAUGCAGCACUCACACCACCAUGGGAUCAGAUGACAAGGAACUGCUUGUGGACACACUUUGCACUGCCAUUCAAGAUAUCUUCCAGCGCAGUGAAAGCCAGUUGUUGUGGCAGACGUUCCAGCACCUGGUUGCGUUGAAUUGGGAUGGAGGAUGGAGACUGGCAGAUGCCGUGGUGAAACGAGCUUCCACGGCGGAGAAGAUCCCUGCCAGGACCCACGCCUGCCAGCUUCUCGUGGCCUUCCUUCGGAACACCAACGUCAUCAGACGCCUCGCGAGCAAAGACAAGGAUCGCGUCCUCGGCUCCAUCUCGGAAUUCCUCCUCGUGGAGCUGGAGAGAUUGGGACGCGUGGAGGCGCGUGUCAUUCACGUAUGCAGGGUCCUGGAGUGCCUCCUUGCACUUUUACCUCACAAGAAUGCAUCAGAGCUACCUGGGAUGAUGAAGACUACUCUAAUAGAGGUGUCAAAACAGGGGCAGCUGAGACGUGCUAAGAAAUUCAAGACUCUGUUCAACCGCCUUUCUGCAAAGUUCAACAUUCCUCAUUCCACUUGGUAA